GCUACAUCGCCAGUGUGUACACAUUCAUAAAUUGCGAAGCCACCUGGUAAUAGCUUCACUGAGAUAUAUUCCUAAGGAUUUCUAUAUAUGUACAUAUAAGCGAUGGAUGAUGAUGACACUUCACUGCCAGCUGAUACAUUGGCUAUUCUCCAACAAUUUCUGGCAGAACGGACGCAGCGUGAGCAUGAUGAACAACAACUUAUGAUAAACGUGACUGGAUUAGAUGCACAUUUCGAAGAGGAUUGGCAACUCAGUCAGUUUUGGUACAGUGCCGAAACAAAACGAGCAAUUGGCGAUGCUUUAGCUAAAAUUGCCAAAGAACACGAUAACACAUCAUGUUUCCGGAUAGCUUUAUUAUCAUGUCCAUCCCUCUACGCAACGAUAAAAAAAUUGCAUUCGAAUGUCAAUAUAUUCGAAUAUGAUAAACGAUUUGCUGCUUACGGCACCGAUUUUGUGCAUUAUGAUUAUAAUGCUGUAGAUAGCAAUAAGGAUUACCUAAGUCAUCAAAAUCAAUGCUACGAUUUGAUAAUUGCGGAUCCACCCUUUCUAUCCGAAGAAUGCAUGAGGAAGAUGUCCAAAAUAGUAAAUAACUUACAACGCCGAAGCGAUUCAAAAAUUGUAUUUUGUUCUGGUGAAGUUGUUGAACCUUGGUUGACUGCCUAUUUGCCAGUUCACAAAUGUCGCUUCCAACCACAACAUGAACGCAAUUUGGGCAACGAAUUUGUUACUUAUGCAAACUUUAAUUUCGAUGAAUACUUUGAUAUUAAAUAA